AUGAAGUUGCUGAUUCGCACUUUUGCGAUCUUGUUCUUGACGAGCACACCCAAUGUGGCCUCUGAGAACCAGGCUGCUCGUUUGAAGAUCGAUGAUAGCAAAGGAAAAAUGUUGGCCCAUUCAGCCUUUGAGUUUCUGGCAGUACUGUACAGUAUCGAUAGCUUUGUUACUGACCGCAGUUUUGCAUGGACGCUGCCUGAUCAAAAGGCCGAGCCAUUGACCACCGCAGGUUCUUUGUCGAUCUUGGAUCGUCUCGAAGACGAACAUCGCGACGAAUCAAACUCGAACCAAUCCGUUGUUCGUAGCGAUGACCCCAAGGCGAUGGUUGACAAAGCGUACCAGCACUCUGGCAGUAUCACUUCCAAAGUGAGUCAUCACGACCCUGACGCCGCCAGUGUUGCUGCGACCGGCAUUGUCUCGGGCUAUCCUCCAAUGGAAACUACUGGCAACGAAGAAGCUGCAUUUGACGAAAACAACGAGAAGGAAGACGAAGGAGAACAGGAAAAAGAGGUAGCUUCGCACAAAAAAGCCCAGUACAGCGACGACACCGCCAGCCUCGUCAAUACCAACAUCGACAAAGAAGGUGCCUCCGGUCUCGUUGCUCAUGCUAAUUCAAUCGAGUCCUUUCAGUUGAGGGCAGUCGCCUCUCUGGAUACACUCAAGAUCCAGGUUGCUGACGCCCGAAUCAACGGGGACAAGUCGGACUUGGCAAGAGCCACUGCAAAUGCCAUCCGCAGCAGUGCCGGCUUGAUGGAAGAAGCCAAAGUGAAAUCACUGGCCAUGUUUGCCCACCUACAAGAACAUGAAGAUACGGAGGAGUCCAAUGGCUGGUCAACUCAGCUGCAGACAAACUAUCAGUCCGCGAUGGCUCAAAUCAACAGGGCGCUGGAACUGUUUCCUAAGAUGAUCAGCUACUUGGAGGGUUCCUCGAGAGAGUCCAACGAGAAGGAACAGACGAAGCAGGACUCAUUCCCAGCCGGUGCACCGAUCGAAGAAAAUCAGGGCGAGUCAAUGGUGGAUAAGACGAGCACUUAUCGGCGAGGUCUCCAAGAUGCUUCUCAGGCGCAAACGCCCCAAGAGAUCAAUUUGGAUGUCCCACCUUCCGCCUCGGAUAUGAACAAGGCCACAUCUUCUGAGUCCCGCCAAAAGGAAAAGGAAGCCGCAAGGCACCGCCGGAUUCUUCGCAGUCGGUUUGAGGGGAAUCAUCGUGCUCAAAGCCACUUUGACCAUUUCACUAAGUUGCACGACACUUUCCAGCACGGAGACCAUGACGGUAUGCACCGUCAUUUGGGCCCAAUCCAGUCUCGCGUAACGCGGAAUCGCUCCCUGAACCAGAAUCAACGCCAUCUUUGGAGUGACGACCAGAACGCCAAAGCAAGACAGUGCGAGAUUUUGAUGAAUUGCGUUGGUAAAAUGUCCAUUUACGACAUGAUUCUUUUCUUCUACUCUGAUGAUAUUGACCCUAACAAUGGAAAGAUAGAUGACAACAUUUACAUUCAUACAGAAGCUCCAGAUGUGUAUGAAGUCUAUAACAAUGACGACGUGGCAGACGCACGCACAGACCUUCAGCAAGGAAGAUUUUACGGCUAUCAAUAUUUCCGUGGUUCUGGUAAACCCCAAUGGUGCGACAGGACGCUGAGGCUGUUCUCUCGAAAUGUGGAGUAUGGAGAUAUUCCGCACUGGGAAGGUGGCACGGUUGCGGAUGUAUGUCAUGCUCAAGGCGGACACACAUAUGUCCAGUUGGAUCAGGUUGCAACAAAAGUUGGCUUCAAAGCUGCAGACGAGAUUGCCAAGGAAAUGUUCGACUGCUCCAAGAGGCUAUACAACUGCGAGGCCAACCCAAGGAAUUCACCAUUCCCUUUUGCUAGGGAGCAAAAGCUCGCAAUUGAUACAGGAGCAUCACUUGUGGUGGAAGAAGAUGCUGAUGAAACCACCACCCAGGACAGCAAGUCCAAACUGUUUGACGGAAGUACGUCUGGUAAUUCACAUUUGUGGCAGUCCAGGGACGGAAGCAAGGGAUAUACAAUGAGACUCAAUUUUCGGUCCGAUCGGGGACUUUGUGUGGAUUGGAAGCUUUCUAGUAGCGAGAACUUCCUUCAUGCACACAGUUGUCAUGAUGACCCCAACCAGAAGUGGUACUAUGAACCAGGAACUCAUCUGAUCAGUGGCAUUAGUUUACAGAAAUGGAAGAGGCGCAUCGACGACGAUGGUGUUCUCACUCACGGGAUGUGGAAUGAGGGGAAGGACAAGUGCUUGCAAAAACAAGACGAUUUUGACAUAAUUGUAAACGGUUGCGACGAGCGCCACACGCAGGAUUUGUUGCAGGUGACCAACAGCGACUUUUUUGGAAGAGUGAAACCCCCCACGGUGUUGUUCAAGAUACAACUGGAUUCACAUGGAGGUAGCAGUGGACAUGAAUCAAAUACUGUGCUCAAAGCAAUUGAAUUGAAGUGGAGGAACGGCGAAGAAUGCCCCCAGAACAAGAUUUCUUUGCUGUCUGGAUUUUCUGGAGAUACAGCAUCAACAGCAAUACUUUUUGAUAGGGGUGAAACAAUUGUUUCGGAUGAUGGCACGGUGUUGACUCAAACCCUACUGCCAAGCUCUUCUACAGCUUCUAGGUUCCGAAUCAAAUGCUCCAACCCAGACAUCCCUAUUUCUUUGUAUGAGAUCCUUGUCUUUGGCAUCGUGGAAGGAGGAAAUGGAGAUGCCCUGCCUGAGUUCCAAGGUGAAUAUGAGGAUUCGUUCUUUGUGCCCACCGGCAUUGAGACAGAAAACAGUCGUGAUGACUAUGGUCAGGUAAAAGUGGGGACCUACAAGAAGGUCUGGGACAACUGGCUUCGGCACGAGGAUGACAAUCUGAGGAGGAAGUUAAGGCAAACUUAUUUGAGCCCUUAUCCAAAUCCGUGGGAUGACAAUAUGCGCUAUGACAAUUCAGAUUUCUAUAUGGGGCUUGUUCGAGAGGCCGAGUCCAAUGAUAACAUACACUACCAGAUAGUCAUAGCCUUUGCACGACACCACGGCAGGUCCUUUGAUGGGGAUGCUUUUGAGGAUCGCGAUGAGGAGUAUAAUGAGUUCCAUGACAAAAUUAGCCACGAGUAUGCUUCUAUUCAGAGGGGCAUCAACCUCGUGUUUGGAAAGGACGCUUCUGUGGGCUAUAUCUGUGGCGUCGAGGGUGUUGUUACUCGUCAUGAUGAAGAAAAUGCAGAUGAUGGAGAUAAGGUGGCGAAUGGUACUUGGUGUCCAACUCCAACUGAUUGCUCAGUGCUGAAAGAUUGUGUUGAUCAAGAGAUGAUUAACACUGAGAAUGAGGGGAAGUCAUCUUACAAAGCUUACCUACAACCAGGUGCUGUUGAGAAUGCAACUGAUUUUGAUGAUUGCGGUGAUUCUCGGGAAUAUUUUGGCUACGAUCCGACCUACAAGCUUCACAAUACCAAAAAUUUUGGGUUUCUGGAUGAAUUCUAUUCUCAAGGAACACCAGCUGUGGAUCCUGGCAGCAUGGGUGGUGGUGGUGGCUAUGGCAACAACUUUCAACCAAAUGCCAACGACUACACCCACAGCAACAUUGAUACUGCGGCGUGGGAUGAGCUGUUCAAUGUUGACACAAAAUUGUCGCAAACAGACUUGGUACAAGAUGCUGGAAUCUCAGGUGGUCUUUUGUUUGGCUUUGGGCGACUAUAUAAUUUCGCCGUUAGUACCUUGUUCAUUGUUUUGAUCAUCAUGAACUAUGCCUAUGACAUUUGGGAGUUUUCUAUUGCGGAAAAAACCGAAAUUGGCAAUGUUGGCCCCAUUGAGGCCUGGGAAAUCCUGCAAGUUCAACACCAGAACAACAAGAGAAUGUAUGAGGGCAUGCGCUCAACCUUCGAAGCUGCGGCCAAGGUUGACAACAAUCUGGAAGGUCUUGGUGAUCUUGUUGCUUCAUUGGUAGCAUUCCUUGGCAAUGAUGAUGGCGACAGCUAUGGCAAAGUCAACACGAUCAUUUCAAAGCUUGAAAGCCUCGAGGAGACAUGCGAGGGCAGGCGUGCUUUGAUGGAUGUAAGCCCUUCUACUGCCCAAAAUGCUGGUUGUGACGGCAGCGACCAAGAUGGAGAUGGAGUCAUUGACAAUUGUGAAGAAGACAAAUAUGAUGGAGAGACACAGCAUGUCGAAGGAGAGGUCUUCAGUUCUGCUGAGAAGGCAGUCGCCUCUGUGCGUGGAGCUUUGUCAGUUGUGGAUGACUGUGCUGGGGUGAAGGAUUUGGUGCUGAAUUUGACUGUCAAGGGAAUCACUGCGGCUUCCAGGCUUGCACCGGGCAAAAAGAUGCUCUAUGUGGGAGAUCUGCAUGAGUUCUUUGAUGCUGGGCUAUUCCUCCAGGUAGAAGAUUCCUGUUCUGACAAGGUAGAUUUGGAUGUGACCAUCAAGAGCAACGAAUUGGACAUGACUGGUCCCAGUGCCAUCCUCUCUCUCUCUCCAAUAUAA